GAGGCGGGGAAACAGCGAACCGCGGACGCUGAAGCAAUAAUCGCUGGUAGAACUGCCCGAUGCGCUAACCAAAAAGUGGGGUUGGAUCACUCUGGAACUGAACUUAAUAAGAAAGGAUAAUGAAUCUGGCCAGGAAAAUAUCAGCUUUUGGAUUCAUUUUGACAUUUCUGUGUAUCUGUAAAGCGCUUGCGGACGGACCUGGAGGCGGAACUGACGACAGCCAGACUCAUGAAAAUUUGCCACGAUUGUUCCGACUCUUCUCCAAACCCAAACCGCCAAGCGAUGAACACGUGACAGGGCUUAAUCCAGUACCACACAUGCAGAACGUUUUCGGCGGGGGAUCUUUUGGAUUCCAGGUCGAACUGAACCCACUGCGAAAUAUACACAACAUCGUAGAAUUGGGCAAGAAGAAAGUUGGAUUCUUCUUAGGACAAAAACGACCCACUGGCGGACACAUUCCGAAAGAAGAGCCCAACAGACCUUCAAAAGAACAUGACUACGAAAUGAUCGAAGAAGGCUGGAAGCCUCAAAAUCCAAAGGACGAAGUACCUCGUUGGGAAGACAUUGGUGAACCCAUGAAAGAAGAUCCAGAGGAAAACGAGGAUUACGGAGGCACAACUAUUCCUAUUGAAGAUAUCAUACAGCCACGCUUCAAACCUCGAUCCAGACCACGCAGGCGUAUCGAAUCCAAGAUCUACCACGUUCAUCUGAAUUUCACGUCAAACGCCAAACCUUUUCAGGUGAAGAUCCAAAACACAAAUGAGUUAUUUAAGAAAGGAAGGGAUGGUAAACUGUGAACUUUUGUCGAAGAUGAAACAAUGUACAUUGCAUAUGAAGUACAUCUUCGAGCUGUAUUUACAACUGACCAUUCGGGUAUAUCGUUGAUAGAAUUCUCACCAAUCACUGUUGGUUGCUUAUUUAAAUUUUAAGAGUAACCCCUCGCUACGUCGCACUUCGUUAUAUCGAGCAUUUGAAAAUAUUACGCUUUUUCAUUAUCUUAUAAAAAUACAGGAAAAAAUGCAGGAAAAAAAGCAGGCCCGACGACCAGGCCAUCUCAACCUAGUCGGAAACUAGGCGCCCGGGCUUGGGGGGGGGGGGGCAGCGACACUGACGCAAAAAAGAGAGAAAGAAAAGAGGAAAGAUAAAAGAAAGGAAAUGGGGGGGGAGAUUGUUUUCUAGUAAGUAAUUUCGAUUUUUUUUCUUUUCCCCCUUUUUUCUUCUCUCCCCCCCCCCCUUUCCUUCUUUUCCCCAUUUUCGUUUCUCUCCCACAUCUUUUUUUUCUCCUUUUCCUUUUCUUUCUUCGUUUUCUCUCGUUUGGGGGGGGGGGGGGCACCUUGGCUCUCUGCGACCUUGAAAAAAGCACGUUGCCUCAAAUUUGAGACCACCUGAGCAAAAAUAAAGUGCUUUCUCAGGAAAAGCCGUUUCUUUAUUUAAGCAAUGAAAAUUAAAAAAAAACAAUAAUAUAUUAUUUUAAAUGGCAUAUUUGCCAUUUAUCUGCAGCUUAAGUUGCAACUAAAUCUUCUUAAAAACAAUUUAAAAAUUUUUUUAUUUUUUAAUUCGAAAAGAACCAUUGCUAAAACUAAUUUUCUUCGUUGUUUUUCUAAAGAAAGCUGCUCUGAUAAGGUAAUAAGAAAUCCUGCUUUUCCCCCCGAUUGAUUACGAUUCUAUGUAAUUUGUUCGUAGAAUAAUUUCAAACAAAGGUAACAAUAAUUUCAGUACAAAAAGUGAAAAAAUAAAAUCCUCAUGUUUUAAGAUUUUUUUUAAAUAUUGUGCCUUUUCCUAUAACGAAUUGCCUAGACGGAGAAUGCUGAUUAUAAAUGAAUACUCUGUAAUAAUCAUGUUAUUAGUUUUGUAACUACAGAUUAAAAUGAGAUUCUAUGAAUUUGAAUCCAUUUUUUAAUUAUGAGAAAAGUAAAAUCGUAAAUUAUUUUGCUCUCUAAUUAUUUAUUUAAGUAAAUGUAUUUCAUUAAAUGAUUCUAAUUAUUUAUUCAGUAGUUUAUUUUUUACUGUUUUUUGUUCUCGGGAAUCGAUAAAAUCAAGUCAAUAUGUUUGUUUGACGGCGUAUUGGGGGUAUGAUAUGAGAAUGAGGCUUUCGACCUUGGACCCUCCCCUUGCAAAAUUCCUGUGUGCGCCACUGGUUACUUACCUUUCAUAUAAUUUUUCAGUAUACAGAUGGAACAUCCAUUUUCAUUUUCAUCUAUCAUUAGUAAUGAAUUUUCAGUACCAGCAAAUUGAAAUUUCAAACCAGAUAAAUCGUGCCUCGGUCGUAUACUGCGUUUUCGAAUGUAUCGCGCUUUUUAUUGUCUCCCGACGAGUGCGAUACAACGAGGGGGUUACUGUAAUAAUUUAAAUUAGCCAAACACGAGUCUUGUGAGAGUAAGUCUAUGCCGACAAUUCUUAACCGACUCAAAAUGUUUUUAAUAUUUUUACUUUGAAGGGAUUAUUUUCAUUUAAUUUCAUUAGUCAUCUUUUUUAAAGUUAUUUUUCAAAAAAAUGUUUUUUCACAAGGUGUGUUACAAAAGUGAUUUUAUAAAAAUAAUAAAAGGAAAUGAACCUUUUUUGUUGUUUACAUCGCCUGUGUUUGCCUCUCUCUCUAUAACGUGAAU